UGAUUGACACAUCCAGAGAUGUAUGUGGUGGCCAAGGGAAUGGUCAGCAGGAGCUUUUCAACACAGAUGCACGAUAUCUUUUUUUUUUUUUUUUCCUUUUUCCCAAAACUGACACCAGUAACUUUCUGCUUCUCAAGACCGAUAUGCGCCUCUCAUUGACGACAUAGAGGUACUGCGCUCGGUCGGUACACAGUCCCGCCGCUGCCGCUGCCAUGACGACCGACAAGUAACAACAACUUAAACGGAACUGGAAUUCAUUUAUCGCUUCUCAUCUCGUGUGCUGAACAAAAUGGACGGGUCGGUACUCUUGCCGGUGGAGGCAGAAGCGUUUGUUGAAAGUCUGGAGAUACUUUCUCUCAAAGACGUGGGAUCGAAGAGGUGGUUCAGGCAGCACGAGCACAUUGAAAAGCUGAACAUGCAAGCAAUACUGAGUGCUUCUGCCACGCACGACGAGUUCAUCAAGGACAUCCUGGUGACUUCUGCAAAGAUUCCGGUCCUGGUCCAUGAGAUGAUCCUGACUGAAGUAUGGAAGCAAAAAAUAUUCCCCAUCUUAUGCCAGCUGCAGGAUUUCACUCCCAAGAACACCUUUCCUCUUUACAUGGUGAUCCACUAUGAAGCCACCAUCAUCAACCUGCUGGAGACCAUCAUGUUUCAUAAGGAUUCCUGCGAGGCAGCCGAUGACUCCAUUCUGGACUUGGUGGAUUACUGCCACCGCAAGCUCACCCUGCUGGCCGCCAACACCAGCAAAGACGGCGGCGUAACUCAGAAGACGCACAGCCAAGUGACGGCCGAGGCAGUUCUCUGUUCGAAAGAGGAGUUGCAGAAUCAGGCUGCCGAGCUGGAGUUUGACAUCUCGUUGAAGGCUCUGUCCGUGCUGCGCUACAUCACUGACCACACUGAAAGUAUCAGCACCAUGAACCGCAUGCUCUGCAUACACAACCUGCCUUGCCUGCUGGUGCGCCUGAUCGAGUGUUGCCCGUGGAGUCGCUGCAGAGCAGGUGAAAUGGAGAAGUACAUGAACGGAAAAUGGCAGAAGAUUCCAGUGGAAGACCAAGUGAAGAUGACAAAAGUGGACGGGCAGGUGUGGAUUUCGCUGUACAAUCUGCUGCUGAAGGAAGACAGCCAAAGGAAAUACGACUUCAACAGCUUCAAUAAGAGUCAGCUUCUGAAGCUGCGCAGUUUCCUGACCGAAGUGUUGGUAGAUCAGCUUCCAAACUUGGCGGAGCUCCAGCGCUUCCUGGCUCAUCUUGCCGUUACAGAGCCCGAACCUCCAAGGAAGGGACUUGUUUUAGAGCAGAUCCCUGAAAUGUGGGACCACAUUGUGAAGGAGAAUUCUGGCAAGUGGAAGGCGAUAGCCAAGUAUCAAGUCAAAGAAACGUUCAAUGCCUCUGAAAAGGACCUGAGGCGGCAAGCUCAGAGGCUGGCUCAGACGUACAAUCUGGAUGUGAUGGAGAGUCUAAUUCCAGAGAAGCCAAAGUGUGGAUGCUGUGGGAAAAAGGCUGCCAAGAGAUGCUCUCGUUGUCAAGGGGAGUGGUACUGUCACAGGGAAUGUCAGGUGAAGCAGUGGCCCAAACACAAGAAGGCCUGCCAGGUCAUGGUCGAGGCCAGCAAGAACAUCCAGACUGACCUGUGCAAUGACAACAACAAAGAAAGCUGAAGCACAUUAAAGCCCAGGCCUAAGAAGAGACCCCGUUUGAAAACCCAGUUCCUUUUUUAAAUUCCAUAAUUGAUACAAUAAACUACUUUCUCUGUCCUGGACACAUUUAGAGUUGUAUUACAGACAUUGUACAUGUACAUUUAUUUAAUUUAUUACAGUUACAGUAUCUAACAAAUAAGUGAACCUUUCACAUUUCAACAGCCAUUUUUGUUUCAGUAGGUCUUGUAAUUUUUUUUUGUUUUCUCCAAAGAGAGCCCGUUUUUUCUGAAAAACAUUCACCCCAAGUGGAGAAUCAUUUAUAAACAGUGCUAAUACUGGUCAAAUGCACAGCAUACAUGUA